AAAUAUGUUUGUGGCUGCAAAGCGUUUCAGCGCUUUACCCACACCACACGGCUUAGACAAAACUGUGUUUGUCGUUUUAGAUACUUUUUAAAUCCGUACUGAAUUUUAAUCUUAUUAGACUUUUUGGACCAUUCAUCAAUUAAUUCUCCAUAGAAGACUUGUUCUAAGUCUUCACGAGACUUGUUAAGUCGAUAUUUGAUUUUCUCUCGUUUCACAGCAAAAGCAGAAAAAAAAACACAAAUAACAAAACGAUGCCUUCUUGUAGUGAAAGGAAGAUGAUAGUAUGGAUCUUGUGUUUAAUAUUUUCUCUUUCUCAUCCAAUACUUAUUUUCGCUUCUUUUCCUGCUAAGCACAUGUGUCAUGCAGACCAAAGGGAUGCUCUUUGGGAGUUCAAGAGCGAGUUCCAUCCCAGUGGGCUGGCUGCUAGUGAGAAGACGCAGAGGUGGAGGAACAACACUGAUUGCUGUUCUUGGGAUGGUAUCACUUGUGAUCCUAAUACGGGCAAUGUUGCUGGGUUAAAUCUCUUGGGCAGUUCUCUCAAUGGCUCUUUAAGAUCAAAUAGUAGUCUGUUUAGAUUACAACAUCUUCAGAGCCUUGAUCUUAGCUCCAGUAAUCUCGCCGGUAUUCUACCAGAUUCUAUUGGUAAUCUCAAAAAUUUGAGGGUUUUGAAACUUCUUGAAUGCAAUUUAUUUGGAAAGCUUCCUUCGUCGCUUGGGAAUCUUUCUUAUCUCACUCAUCUUGAUCUUGAUGGUAAUGAUUUCACCGGUGAACUACCAGAUUUGAUGGGCAACCUAAACCAACUCACAAAGUUGAUACUUGCAUCAAGCAAGCUCAGUGGGAACUUUCCUCAUGUGCUACUCAAUUUGACCGAGCUCACUACAAUCAACCUUCAUUUUAACCAGCUUGAAGGUACGCUCCCAUCUAACAUGAGUAGCCUCUCCAAACUGGAGUACUUUAAUAUUGGUUCAAAUUCAUUUUCUGGAUCUAUUCCGUCGUCUCUUUUCAUGAUUCCUUCGUUGAUCCAUCUUAACCUGGAAAGGAAUGGCUUCAGCGGUCCUCUUGAGAUUGGGAAUAUCUCUUCACCAUCUAAACUUCAAACUUUAAGCCUUGGAGGAAACAGUCUUAAUGGGCCAAUCCCGGGAUUUAUUUCAAAACUAGCCGGACUCUUGUAUUUGGACCUAUCUUUUUGGAAUAUACGGAGAGGCGUGGUGGGUUUCAGCAUCUUCUUGCAUCUCAAGUCACUUACGUUCCUUGACCUGUCCCAUCUGAAUACAAGAAGUAUGGUCGACCUGAGUCUCUUCUCACAUCUCAUGUCACUUAGCGUACUUCACCUUUCAGGUAAUAAUUUGAAUAUCAGUUCAACUCUCAAUCUUCCCUCGCCCAUUGGAUCACUGGCUCUAGCGUCCUGCAAUAUUUCUGAAUUUCCAAAGUUUCUACAAACACAAACCAGUUUGUUUUACUUAGAUAUUUCUAACAAUCAAAUCAAAGGGCAAGUACCAGAGUGGUUAUGGAGUCUCCCAGGGCUGGGGUAUGUAGACUUUUCUCGGAAUUCAUUUAGUGGUUUUGAUGGACCAGCGGAUGUUAUUCAAAGAAAUGAAAUAUAUAUGCUGGAUAUAAGUUCAAACACUUUCAAGAAUCCAUUUCCUUUGUUACCAAAAUCUAUUAUAUAUUUUUCAGCUUCUGAUAAUCAGUUUUCAGGAGAGAUUCCGAAGAUAAUAUGCGAACUGGAUUCUCUUGGUAAACUUAUUUUAUCCAACAACAACUUCAGCGGUUCUAUACCUCGGUGUUUUGAGAAUUUCAAUACUAAGCUUACCGUCUUGCAUCUUCAGAAUAACAGCCUCUCUGGUGAAUUUCCAGAGGAAUCUAUCAGUGUUGGCUUGGUUUCACUUGAUGUUAGUCACAACCAGUUAUCAGGAGAACUUCCCAAGUCUCUGAUUAAUUGCACUUACCUCCAGUUUGUAAACGUUGAAGACAACAUGUUCAAUGACAUGUUUCCUUUCUGGUUGAGAGUGUUGCCUGGUUUGCAGUUUCUUGUCCUUCGUUCUAACAAGUUCCAUGGGCCACUAUAUCCUCCAGAGGGUUCUAUGAGUUUCCCUAAGCUGCGAAUCUUUGACAUUUCUAAAAAUCUCUUCUCUGGAGCCUUGCCAUCAGAUUACUUUGCUGGUUGGAAUGAAAUGUCAUCGGGUGUUUACGCUGCAGAUAAUAGACAGCAAAGGUUUAUAGGAGUUAGCUUCUCAAACUAUAGUAAGUCGGUGGUUCUGACUAACAAAGGUUCAAAGAUGGAAUUGCUUGGUAUUAGUUUUAAUAUCUACAAAACCAUCGAUGUCUCAGAAAACAGGUUUGAAGGAGACAUCCCCAAAUCCAUCAGUUUACUCAAGGAACUGAUUGUGCUCAACAUGUCAAACAACGCUUUCGUAGGCCAUAUUCCACCAUCUUUGUCCAACAUGACUAAUCUCCAAUCACUAGAUCUAUCCCGAAACAGAUUAUCGGGAAAAAUCCCACUGGAACUCGAGAAACUCGCGUUUCUGGCAUGGAUGAACUUCUCUUACAACAUGCUCGAAGGUCCAAUACCACAAGGCACUCAGAUUCAAAGCCAGAAUAGCUCUUCAUUCGUACAUAAUCUCGGGCUAUGCGGUGCUCCUCUCCAAAAGACCUGCAGUGGAGAAGAGGAAGAAAAAACAAGAAAGGAGGAUCAAGAGGAUGAAGAAAAUUAUCAAGUAUUGAGCGGGAUUGUGGCUGCAAUAGCUUAUGUACCUGGUGUAUUCUGUGGAUUGGUCAUCAGCCACAUUCUGAUUUCAUAUAGACAAGACUGGUUCAAGAAGAUCUCUAAAUGUAUUGCUUAAAUAUAAGCAUCAGUUGUGACUUGUGUGAUGAUGAUAUCUACUAUGUUAUACUCGGCUCCGUGUCGUUUUCAGAUUACUAUUGUAAGGUCGUAAAGAUUUCUCUUUCCUUGUAUUGUUUUACCAUUCUUAUUUUGAGAAUCUGUGUUAUUCGUGGAUUUAGUUUCCUCUUUUUCGUUUUUA